AUGGCUAAACGUGUCUCUAUUAUUGGAUCAGGUAAUUGGGGCUCAGCAAUAGCGAGAAAUAUUGGACAAACAACAUUACAACAUAAAGAUACUUUUGAGAGUGAAGUUAAAAUGUGGGUAUAUGAAGAAAUUGUUAAUGGGGAAAAAUUGUCAGAAGUUAUAAAUAAUCGUCAUGAAAAUAUUAAAUAUUUACCCGGUAAAAAAUUACCGGAAAAUGUUGUUGCUGUGACUGAUCUUGUUGAGGCAUGUAAAGAUGCUGAUUACCUUAUUUUUGUUGUACCACAUCAAUUUGUUACUGGACUUUGUAAUCAAUUAAAAGGAAAAAUUAAACCUCAAGCUCAAGCUGUUUCAAUGAUUAAAGGUUUAGCCUUGAAUGAUAAAAGUAAAAAUGGUAUUCAUUUGAUUAGUGAUGAAAUAAAAUCUAUUUUAAAUAUUAGAUGUUCUGUCUUAAUGGGUGCUAACCUUGCUCAUGAAGUUGCUGAAGAUCAAUUUUGUGAAGCCACUAUUGGUUAUAGUGGAACAGACCCAGAAGAAGCAAAAACAUUAAAGAAACUUUUUCAUAGAGAUUUUUUCCGCAUAACAGUUGUUAAAGAUGCUGAUACAGUUGAGUUAUGUGGGGCAUUAAAGAAUGUUGUUGCAGUUGCUGCUGGAAUUUCAGAUGGUCUCGGGUAUGGAGAUAAUACAAAAGCUGCCAUUAUACGUUUAGGUUUAAUGGAAAUAACAAAAUUUGUUGAAAAAUUUUUUCCACCUUCUGAUCUUAGAACAUUUUUCCAAUCAUGUGGAGUUGCUGAUUUAGUUACAACAUGUUAUGGUGGAAGAAAUAGAAAACUUGGAAUGGCAUUUGCUAAAAGUGAUAAAGAUAUAAAAACCUUAGAAAAAGAGGUAUUAAAUGGGCAAUCAGCUCAAGGAGUAUAUACUGCUGAAGAGGUUGCUGUAAUGUUAAAAAAUACUAAUUCUGAAAAUGAAUUUCCACUUUUCAUUGGAGUUGAUAAAGUAUGUAAAAAAGAAAUUAAACCAGAAGACCUCAUAGAAUGUUUAAAAAAUCAUCCUGAACAUGAUUAA